CUGUACCAGAACCUACUCAAAUUAUUUGCUGUUGGUAAUAUCUCCGGUUGCUUUUUUCAGGUUAACCCAGACAUAUUUUAUUCCUUUAAGUACCAAAUCAAGGAGGGUGAUUGUCCUGUUCAAAGCGGCAAAACCUGGCAGGAUUGUGACUACAAAGACGCUGCAAAAGCUGCCACAGGAGAAUGCACAGCGACUGUAGGGAAGAGGGGAAAUGGAAAAUUUUCCGUGGCUACCCAGAUCUGCCAGAUUACUCCAGCCGAGCCUUCAGUUGGGAGUCCCGAUAACUGCUUUGGUUGUGUAUAUCCCAUAUCACGACAACCAGUCCUGGAGCCCGUCCUAAGACAUGGCAUUCAACAUUUAUACAACACUGAUCGUUCUACCUCUUUACAUCUUGUGAAGUAAGAAUGGCCGAAACGCAGGUUUGUGGUGGCUGGAUCCAACUUUAAAGUUACCUACUCAAUUGUGCAAACUAAUUGUUCCAAGGAGAAUUUUCUGUUCUUAACUCCAGAAUGCAAGUCCCUUUUGAAUGGUGAUAUCGGUGAAUGUACAGAUAAUGCAUACAUGGAUAUUCAGCAAAGAAUUGCUAACUACUCACAGGAGUGUGACAUUUAUCCAGGGGAAGAUUUUGUACAACCACCUAUCGAGGGUUGUUUUGGCUGCCCUGCAGAUAUACCUGUCGACAGCCCAGAGCUGGAGGAGGCACUGACUCAUUCUGUUGCAAAGCUUAAUGCAGAGAAUAAUGAAACUUUCUAUUUCAAGAUUGACACAGUGAAAAGAGCGCAAGUACAGGUGGUGGCUGGAUUUAUAUAUUUUAUUGAUUUCAUAGCCAGAGAAACCAUAUGUUCCAAGGAAAGUAAUGAAAAGUUGAAUGAAAACUGUGAGAUCAAACCUGGCCAAAGUCUAGACUGCACUGCUGAAGUUUAUGUGAUACCGUGGGAGGAAAAAAUUUACCCUACUGUCAACUGUAAACCAGGAGGAAUGAUGACAUUGAUGAAAAGACCUCCAGGUUUCUCACCUUUCCGAUCAGUACAAGUAGAGGAAAUAAGAGAAGUAACAACUAAGCGCCUAAGGUCCUGUGAGUACAAGGGCCGACCCCCAAAGGCAGAGGCAGAGCCAACAUCUAAGAGUGAGGUCUCUUCACCAGAGGGCAGAAUCUUCGCACCUGGCACAGUAGCCCCAACCACCUCUGCCAGCAACCUGGAGUAGAAGGACAAGAAGAAAGAUGGAAUAGAAUUUAAAUAGAGAAAAAUGCCAUUUUAUCCCUCUGUUUCUGGGUGAAAUAAAAUUCAGUCUUGAUGUUCUCA